AGCUGGCUGGCCUAGUCUCAGUUUUUAGUCUUUGUCAACAUGUCGUCGUGGAUUGUGUCCACCACCGAGCUGCACAGCUGUGCUGGUGCCCAUACUGGCACACGAACGGAUGGUGGAUCCAGGCACAAGCGCAUGAUCCUAAUGGUGUGGCACAGUCUGACGGAGAAAUGCGAGAAAUUUGGACAAUUUCUGAGGCGAGAGACGAACAAACCGCUGCCGAAAGAGCUGAGGCGAUCGCUGCGAUUAAGUAAGUCGUCCAAACGCAAAGGCUAUCGGUCUUGCGAGAGCGAGGCAGAUAAACGGCUGAUGCAAGAGCGUUUGAACGAACCCAUUAAUAUUUCCAUACGCAUUGGACCGGCCUAUGAUUUUAGAAACUCAAACUGCUGAUUCCCAUUCCCAAGGAAACCCCCCUUUCGAAUUUAUCACAAAAAAAUCCUCCUCUCUGUUAACGCUCUGUAUGGGCUGCUGUUAAAUUAUCAUUAGUUUAAAUGCACAUGUUGAAUAAACACUGUUAGCUUUUAAUAAAAGUUUC